CUGUAGGGGAGAUGAACGGCUCACCACCGAAUAACUAAACUGAACAUUAAUUAUAAUUGUUUUUUGCUUAUUCAGAUGAUCAAAUAUACUUCUAACUAUAACCCUUGCAAGACCUCGUCUUCUGAGGACACUUUGCAUGUAGUAGUUGGUUUUCAAUAUGUUUGCCGGUUCGACAACUUCGACACCAUUCUCAGUGAAGGAUAUUUUAAAUCUUCAGCAUCAUCCUGACAUGGCGUCUCUUGGAGAGUCGGCGGAGUUCGAUUCGCCUUCCUCCCCUGCUUCCUGUAUGCUGGCACGGACCAAACAGCAGCACUUCAGUGAAACGCAAUCUCUAGCGACAUACAAUGAGCUGCUGCCUAAACUGAAUUCCUGCAAAAAUCAUGCCAAUUAUUCCAGCAGUUCAUUCGGAAAUAAUUAUUUGGAAAUCGACAGCAGAGAAGCAAAAACAAGCAACGGAGCGACGGGAAAAAAUAAGGAAUGCCGAUUGAUUGGAGUGAACACGGAGAAGGAAGGAGAGAAAACUGAUGAAGCCGAGCGGCCCCGUCGAAGGAGAAGGAAGCCAAGAGUGCUUUUCUCCCAGGCUCAGGUCUACGAACUCGAGAGGCGGUUUAAACAGCAGAAGUACCUUUCCGCACCCGAGAGGGACCAUUUAGCAAACAUACUGAAGCUCACCUCCACCCAGGUCAAAAUCUGGUUCCAAAAUCGCAGAUACAAAUGUAAAAGGCAACGCCAAGAUAAAUCUCUGGAGAUGGUUGGCCUCCCGCCUCCCAGAAGAAUCGCAGUACCAGUUCUCGUUCGAGACGGGAAGCCGUGUCUGGGAGAGUCUUCAUCUUAUCACUCACCGUAUAACAUGCACCUCAGCCCUUACGCUUACGGCACUUAUGCAAACUAUACCAACUACAGUGGUGCAGCCUCCACUGCCAACUAUGACUGUAAUUAUCCCAGUGUUCAAGCCAUGCCCCCCUCGACGGCGGCUGGCAGCUUUAUGAACAUGAACUUCACCGUCAAUGAGCUGAACACUGCGGUACAGACUCAAAUCCACCAGAACACUGGGGUUUCCACAUUGCAUGGGAUCAGAGCCUGGUAAUGUUAGCGGUGACACUGAUUAAGCACAGGGCAAUAUUCUCACUGAAUGGUUGCUGGCACAGAUCAUCUGUUGUUAAAAGGCGAGAAAAUGCGAGAAAGUUUCUACCCCCGGUACAUGGGUCACAAUUUUCUUUUUUAAUGGACAACUCAGUGAUACAGUCAAAGACUGUUAAUUUAGCAUUCAUGUUAAUAAAAAGAAAGUAUAAUUGCAUCUUCGAACCAAGGAAUGAACAAAGAAGAUGUGAAAUUAUAAUUUAAUAUACUUUCGGGGCUCUUACUUUAGUGUUCCAGACCACUUAAUGAAGACCUCACCUUUAUUUGAUCCCCAAAUGUUCUUACACAUAGUAGUCUUUACUGCCCCCGUCUGAACCAAAUAAUGUGACUGACGACAACAUCGCGAAUGAUGUAAAAGGACUAAUGUCGGUCGUUAAAAGACUCGGGCAAAUACAUCUGUCAUUUUAAUGUCUUUUUUUCAUACAACUUUCGGAUUUCGUGUUUUAAAGUUGCCUUGUAUUUGAGCCUGUCUUCCGUAGUGCAGUGUUAAUAUGAUAAAGGGUGGGUGGCUCAUGUAGGUCUGAAGGGCACACGUGUAUCGGCAGUUUUGGUGACACCACAUUGAACAGAAAAACAGAAUGUUAGUAGCUCAAGCUCAGAAUUCGGUAGUUACAGACCAAGUAGAACAACCGCACCUUGAAGUCAUGCACUAACACUGCCCACUUACUCUAAUCUCUUUAUUUUAUGACAUUGUGCGAAUUAUGACGACGUUACUUAGAAUCUUUUAAAAUGAACAACUUGUAAGCAGUUGAGAGUGCAAAUCACUUCAGUAAACGUGUACAGUAAAAUGUGUGCAAUCUCAUUUUUUCAUUUAUUUCAUUUUGCGCGUGGGUUAUAAGAAUAUGUAAUAAUA